GGAGCUAGAUGCUGGAAGUUCCCCGCGCGCUCUCGCGAGAGCAGUAAAAGUCGGAAGUGGACAGGAUGCGGUUCCUGGUUGCGUUGCUCCUGUUGAGCGUCUUAGUGGCGGAAGCCCGGACGCGCGAUUUGCUGUCACCUAGUAAUUCCAGGUUGAGUACGGAUAAAGAAAAGCCGUCUGCGGAGAAAGAUUCCGCGCAGGCCCACCUUUUCAAGAAGGAAAAGCCCGAGUCGGAGUCCUCUAAAGGAAACAAGCCGGGGGUUCCGGAGGCGUCGACCUCGACUGCGGAGUCCAAGCCUUCGGGACCGGUGGAGCCCGCGAAACCGACCUCGACUGCGGAGCCCAAGCCUCCGGGACCGGUGGAGCCCGCGAAACCGACCUCGACUGCGGAGCCCAAGUCUCCGGGACCGGUGGAAUCCGGGAAACCGACCACGACUGCGGAACCCAAGCCUUUGGGGCCCGGGCAGCCGAUUUCGAAAGCAAACCCCAAGUCGACGGAACCUGAGCUGCAGCACGGUCAAGGAGACUCCACCAAUGUUGCGAAUCCCGAGCAGCCCACCGCGGUAGAAUAUCCCAAACCGGUGGACCCUAGGCCGGAGUCCACAAAAGACAAUGUGAAGAAGCUGUCUUCUGAUAACGGGACCCCUAAAACUGACGAAAUCCAGCCGGCUGAGAAAGGACAGACGUCUCCGCACGCUUCUGAAACUAAAUCUGGGGAGACACUGACAGACUCUGAUCUAUCUUUAAAGCAAGAGGCAGUAGAUAAGGCUUUGGAGCCUGCUGAAGAUGUGGAACUCAAGGAAGCUGAUGAAGAUGAUAGUGAGCCUGAAGAGGGCCUGCCACUUGACGAUGAGAAAGAAAAGGUGCCUGCCCCUUCCUCCAGUAAGAACCGCGAAGGGACACUUGUGGAUUCUAUGAGUAGUGAGAGGGACGAUCCGUACAAGGACAAUCCUGCAAGUGGCAGUGCAGAGAGCAGCCACUUCUUUGCAUAUCUGGUGACCGCAGCCAUUCUGGUAGCUGUCCUCUAUAUUGCCUACCACAACAAGAGGAAGAUUAUUGCUUUUGCCCUUGAAGGAAAAAGAUCCAAAGUCACCCGAAGGCCAAAGGCCAGUGACUACCAACGUUUGAACCUAAAGCUUUGAUUUUUUUCUUUGUCUGCAAGAACCUUGUUCUUCCUGCUGAUUAUUUACGAAUCAAGAGAAUGAAGAAAAAAGUACUGUGACCUCCGGGAUUUGGUGGCAAGUCUGGGCUGGCAGAAUUGGAAUUGCUUUGGGUUUUGCACCUGCACUUUGGUGACAUUGUACUCUGGUGACAUUUUGCUUUUGUGUUCCCUUUAUGCUGGUAUGCUCUACAUCCUCUCUCCCAAGUGUGCAUGGAGGGAGCAUGUGGCAACAUGCUGUGACCAAAGGGAGGCCCCAGCCCUGCACAGGUCACACCACCCUCUCUUGGCCUUGGCUUUAUAGUGAAGUUAGCCCUUGAUCGGGCAUUGCCCUCUGUACUCUUUAUCUUGGCAGGCUCAGAACUUUACAAGAAGAGUGCUUCUCUACUAACCCCUCUGAGGAAAUGUGCUUAGAAAAGAUGGAGGUGAUGAUGAAAUGAUAAUGGGUAGAAGGGUAGUCUGAACACAUAUUUCUCCCCAAAGGCUUCAGCAGCAAACCAAAGCAGCUGGAUUAAAGAAUGUUUUAUUGACUUUAACCCACUUACCAUAAGAACUCUACAUGUUUAUUUGAGGAAAAGUAAAUCAAUUUCCAUUUGGUUGUUCUAGCACAAAACAAUUCAUGUCUCUAGAAGUAAAACCACAGUUUCAUAAGA